AUGGCGACAUCGCCUUCAAUCUCACCUCCUCCUCCUCCUAUCUCCCUCCCCUUGCUUCACGUCACCGCCGGCGGUAACCUUACCUUCUCCCAUCACCACUCCGCUCAAAUCCACGCUCGUGUCCUCCGCCUUAACCUCACCUCCUCUUCGCCCGCUUCCCACCUCCUCCACUUCCACAACUCCCUCAUCCGCUCCUUCACCUCCCUCUCUUUCCACUCUCUCUCCCUCUCCCUCUUCCUCUCUCUCCUCAGUUCCAAUCUCCAACCCGACGAAUUCACCUUCCCCUUUGUCCUCAAGUCAUCAACCCAUCUCAAUUCCCUCUCUCUAGGCCAACAGCUCCAUACCCAUCUCGUGAAAUCCAACCUCCUCUUCACCAACGUCUUCUGUGACAGCGCAUUGCUCGGUUUGUAUGUAAAAAUUGGUUCUUUUGAUGAUGCCGUCAAGGUGUUCGAUAGAAUGCAUGAACGGAGCGUUGCGACUUGGAACUCGAUGAUUUCGGGGUUUGUGAGAAAUGGGCGUCUGGAAAAGGGACUGGAGAUGUUGGAUUUGAUGGAAAGUUUGGGUUUUGAGGUUGGGGUUAGCAGUUGGAACUCGGUUAUUGCGGGUUGUGUUUGGUUGGGCGAGGUUGAGCUUGCAUUGAACGUUUUGGGGAAGAUGGUGGAGGAUGUGAGGCCUAAUCAUGCUACUUUUAAUACACUUCUUCCAGUGAUUUCGGAGAUCUCGACUUUGGAUUUGUUGAAGGAGUUUCAUGGUUUUGCUGUUAGGAAUGUCGGGGUCGUAGAUAUUAGUCCUGUAGAUGAAGAGAGGUUAUGGUCUGCUAUUGCAGCUGGUUAUGCUUGUCAUAGAGCUAUGGGUUGUGCAAUGAAGUUGUUUGAGAGGAUUAAGUUGAAAAAUUCCCAUUUGGGGAAUUCGAUGAUUUCAGGUUUCCUCAAUUGUGGACAGACUGAUGAAGCGUUCAGUGUGUUCCGAGAAAUGGCUGCUGAGUGUAUUCAUGAGGCAAAAAUUCUCUCUAAAGUCUCUCUUACUUUGCUCCUUCCUGAAUGUGGGGUGAAUACAAAGACCGGAUUAGAGAUUCAUGCUUAUGCUAUUAGAAGAGGUUUAGAGUCCGAUACUUCGGUGGGUAACGCAUUGAUGGCCAUGUAUUCGAAAAGAGAAGACAAGGAAUCAGUCGAAAAAGUAUUUGUAAGGACUAUUGAUAAGGAUGUUGUUUCUUGGAACACUAUAAUAGCAAGUUAUGUGAUGACCAAUGAGUUUGAUCGCGCAUUUGAGCUUUUCCAGCGAAUUUCGGCUGAGGGAUUAAAACCGGAUGAAUAUUCGUUUAGUUCGAUUCUCAAUGGAUGUGGGCUUUCUUCCUAUCUUCAACAAGGCAUGGCGUUACACGGGCAUAUGAUGAAGUCUGGGUUUUCACGGUCGUAUCCUGUUGUCCAAAACUCUCUCAUGGAUGCUUAUGGAAAAUGUGGGUGUGUUGAAGAAGCUCGUAGGGUUUUUGACGAGAUGGAGUGGAGUGAUAGUAUAUCAUGGAACACCAUUAUCUCAUGUUAUGGUUUCAAUGACUCCCCAUAUGAAACUAUUUCUUUGUUUGAGAAAAUGAUAGAGCAAGGAUGGAAACCGAAUCGGAUCACAUUCAUUGCCCUUUUAUCUGCAUGUAGUCAUGCUGGAUUGCUUGAAGAGGGGUUGCAUUACUUUGAGACUAUGGAGCAAGUUCAUGGGAUAGUUCCUGAUUUGGAUCAUUAUACUUGUAUAGUGGAUACUAUGGGAAGAUUGGGUCAACUGCAAAGAGCUUAUAAAUUCAUCAGAGAUAUGCCUAUUGUACCUGAUGAUUGUAUUUGGAGUGCGCUCCUUAGUAGUUGUAGGAUCCAUGGGAAUAUCGAAUUGGCUGAGAUUGCGGCUAAGAAUCUGAUAGAGUUGGAGCCUCGACAUUCUGGAUACUGGGUUUUGCUGUCGAAUACUUAUGCUAAAGCUUCGAGGUGGAAAGAUGUGGCGAAUGUUCGAGCGGCUAUGAAGGAUGGUGGUGUGAAGAAGAGUCCUGGGUUUAGUUGGAUUGAGGUUAGGGGAAGCGAGCUUCAUCGAUUCUUUAAUGCCGACAAGCUUCAUGAAGAUUGUGAUUCUAUUUAUCUUGCUCUUGAUGGUUUAUCUGAUCAGUUGAAGGAUGAGGGUUAUGUACCAAUUUUGAAUCCGAGCACCUAA